AACUCGUUCACCAGAGCUGAACCUCAGCAGAGAUAGCAGCAAGCAGGCACCUCCUCGCCGCGCAGGCUAACUCGCUUUCGGCUUUGGUUCGAGAUGGAAACUCGUCGCAUCGUGAAGCGCUCCAGCGCCCGCAACUUUAAGGGUGGACUGACUCUGUGGCUGAUUCUGUGGCUGGUGGUGGUGAAGCCAGGCGGAGUGUCAGCAUGCCCCAAGCUGUGUGUGUGUUACCCCACGCCCAUGACGGUCAGCUGCCAGUCGCAGAACAUUACCAUAGUGCCGGCCGGUGUGCCAUAUGACUCACAACGUGUUUUCCUGCAGAACAACCGCAUCACAGAGCUGCGUGCAGAUUCUUUUGGCUUUGAGACACAGGUCCUUUGGCUGUAUGCCAACAACAUCACAUGGAUCGAAGCUGGGGCCUUCAGUAACCUCAGGGUGCUGGAGGAGCUGGAUCUGGGAGAUAACCCACUGCAACGUCUGGAAGGUGGAGCCUUCAGGGGAUUGGAGAAGCUGCAGAGCCUGCACAUGCAUCGCUGCAAGCUGGCCGCCCUCCCCCAUGACCUCUUCCACAAACUGUACAGCCUGCAGUUCCUCUACCUGCAGGAGAAUCAGCUCCACUUUCUGCAGGAUGACCUGUUCUCAGAUCUGGUCAACCUCACUCAUCUCUUCCUCCAUGGAAACCGCAUCCGUGCCCUCUCUGAGAAUGUGUUCAGAGGCCUGGUCAACCUGGACCGCCUCCUGAUCCACGACAACCGCAUUAGGCAGGUCAACCGUCGGGCUUUCCGUGACCUGGGCCGCCUGACCAUUCUUUACCUGUUCAACAACUCCCUGGCCGAGCUGCCAGGCCAGGCCAUGAGGGAUACCCAAGGCAUUCAGUUCCUCCGCCUCAACGGCAACCCCUGGUCCUGCGGCUGUGAGGCUCGUCCCCUGUGGGAGUGGUUCCGCAAGGCCCGCAUCUCCUCCUCCGAGCUCAUGUGCACUUCCCCAUCCCAGCGCCGUGGCCAGGACCUCAGAUUCCUCCGUGAGUUGGACUUCGCCCUCUGCCCUCUGCCUGACCCCGGCUCUCUGGCAGGAAGCACCACAACCACCUUCAGCACCAAGACCCGCUGGUGGUUCUCCAAGCACAAGCCCGCAUCCUCAUCCAAAGCCUCAUACCAGAAGAGCACAGAGACAGUGAAGGCCUUCCCCUUUUCCGCCGUAAAGCCUCAGUACCUCCCCAAACCCGCCACUGAAACCAUCUCCAAGUAUGAAAUGUCAGAAGAUGAGAAGGCGCUGCCCAAGGUGGACCCAGAAGAAUACUGGACCAACUACGGCAACGAAGACUCCUCCAUCCGCUGCUUCGAUCUGGAUUGCGCCCAAGGCUAUGACAACCCAGCCUACUCCUCGUCCUCCUCCUUACCCAACACCCUGUCUCUCCUCCGCUUCCUCUCCCUCUCGCUAGUCACAUUCACCCUCCAUUUCCUUUUUGGCUGAACUCUUCUCUCCUCCACCUCCUUUUCCCCCCUCUGAUUUCUCCCCCUGCUCUCUCGAACUCCAACAAAAAACCUUGAUCUUGAUUCCUUUCAGUUACCUCCUCGACUUGCAGGAGGUGCUACACUGACACAGGAGACAGGCGAGGCAGCAGGGAGCUGUUUUAAAGAGCAGAGAUCAGCUGAGUUGAUGUAGAGCAGGACAGGAUUUCAGUGUUGAAGUAGCUGCUGCUUCUUAGUACAGGCUUUGUGCAGGGAUCAGAUAACGAAGACUGACUCUGAUAGUGACGGUACAAAGGCAGAAACCUACAACAACAUGAGGAAGUGAUAGAGACACAACACACAGUUAGCUGGUGGUGUCUCCAGAUGUUUUUUGAUAUCUCAGCUGUGAACAACGCAGGCGUUGUGACUCUUUGACAGCUAUUUUCUAUGUCAACUAGUGCUCACCAUCCACUCACCACCAUUGUCCUUCACUAAUUUAUUUAUUUCAUCAUGAAUAGAAGUUUUGAUUAAUGAUGGCAGAAGAAAGAUAUGGAUCAACACAGAUCAUGACAGUCAGGGAAUUAAGAAGAGAAAAGAAAGACUUAGAGGAGGAAGUGGAAAGAAAAUCAAUACAGCAUGAGCAGAGUGAGCUUAAGAUGUUCAUCUGAAGGCAGGGAAGGAGGAGAGGACCGUCAGAACUGCAGCCAAGAUCAGCUCAACUCUCUCCUUCAGAUCCAAACUCUUGUGUGAUCCCAGAGAUGCCAGAAACCACCACCACCCACACUUGUACAUACCACUCAUCAUCACUGUACAUACACGUGUCCUCAACUGCUCUGUAUUUUCAGGCUAGCUAGAUUUUUACAUUACAUUUUAGGGCUGCUUCGUAAACGACAGCUUGUGGUGAUAGAAGAAAUGUGUAGAUCGUAAAUGAAAGGCCUUUUUCACCCCUCGUGUUUUCCGGUCUUGUCUCUUCCUCUGUCAGACAGCCUAAAAACUUCAGAUUCAGAUUUGUGUGUGUGUGUGUGACUCACUUUUUGUUGUGUGAGUGGGAUUGGACUGUUGUAGACUAAUAACCAAAGUCCUGAGAUGACCAGUUUGUUUAGGUCUCUUUUUCAAAUGACUGUGUGUAUGUGCCUGAUUUUCCCUUGAAAUAUGGCCUUUGUCUCUCUGUUAGUCCAAACUGACACAAAACAGGGCGAAAACAACUCCAGGGCUGAAUCCUACACAGCCCUUUGUGUAGUUUGAAGCCUCCGAUCUCUGUCCUGCAGGCUCCUGUUGCAUUACACUCUGACCUGCAAUUGGUCUCUAUCAGGAGACUGUGUGUGUGUGUGUGUGUGUGUGUGUGUGUGUGUGUGUAUGAGGAUGUGUGUAUUUCUUUAAAGAUCAGACUGAAAGCUGAAAAAGUCCUUUAUGCACAGAUGAAUUAAGCAGGACACAUAACUGUUAAAACUGUAUUGUUUCAGAAAUGCAUGUGAGCAUGUGUUUUGUAUGAUUCUCUGAAGAGUUUAAUUGCAUUCAAAUGAUAUCUGUAUUGUAUGGUACAAACAGACCAUGCAGACCUGGCAUACAUAGAAUCAUCUCUCCCAUAUUAAAGCUGUACUUUAUAAGAGAACCUCUCUGACUCCACUGUGUGUUUUUGGACAACACGAUGGGUAUUUACUCAGAAAUCUGUUCAACACAAUGCCAACCUGACUGUGAUCUGCGUAAUUCAUGGUGGUUCUUGUCAACCCCGAAUGUUAGUACGCCCCUACCAAUCACCCUGAACCAUGACUGUGAGUUUCUGUGUGAAGGAUAAUGUUAUGCUGUUAGAUUCUGUAUUUUUUAAUGGGAAAACGUGUUAGGAAAGUGUUUUGCUUUAUUAAAAAAA